AUGAUUUCCAUGCAGCGUUCUCUUUCAUCGCCCGUCCGCAUAGUGUCUGCUCCUGCUUCACAAGAUGGCGCGAACCCUCCGCGAUCUCCGACUCCUCCUUCCGAGAGUUACAAUACCUCCUUCAGAUCCCGCCGUCAGCAGCGAUCUCCAAGUCCCACACAAACCCCCGAGGCUGUAGCCCUGCCCGUCCGCCGAAGCGAAGACGUCCCCCGAAGAGGCUCCCACCAAAAACCCGUAAUAGCCCAGGCUGUGACGCCCACUGCUUCGUCUCCUGUUAAGGCCGCAAUGGAGACUUCCCAGGAGGACACGCCCUCGCCAGUCGCCGAAAAGACGGCUUCACCAGCCGUCCGCAAGGCCCUGCUCCCAGAUCCCUCUUUGUACACGAACCCUCACAUGGCCCCCGAACCCGAUGCCACAACUUUGGAGGAACUUGCCCACCUGGUGAGGUUGUCCAAGUAUCAGGAGCGCAAGCGCGCAAACACAAGGAUUCGUUUGCAGAGAAACCUCAUUUCUACAGCACUGUCUGCCCGUUUGAAUCGCUGUGGUGAGAUUGCCCGGAAGAACUUGGUCGAUUGCUUCCGCUCCGAUGACAAAAAGACCUUUUCUGCCCUCUUUAACGCCAUUCACGAUGUGCGCAAAAGCUGCGACGAGUUGCGUCGUUACGCACUGUUGGAGCCGGAGCUGGACUCGCUGCAAUCACCGGCCUUGGCCUCCUCGGAAAGCCUGGAAACCCCACCCAAAUCAACGUCGGGUGCCAGUUCUCUUGGUUCUAUGACCCCUUUUCUAUCUGAACUGCCCGCAUCUAUUCGGGAAAUAUUUCUCAACUUUCUGACCCAGAUCCGGACAAACCCAGACUAUUUGGCUACGAGGUUGUGUUCUCUAACACCCGCAGAAUUGAACGCUUUUACUAGUUUCCACCAAGGACUUGAGCCUGUUGAAUCUGUGCUGCCUUACCAUGGCCGCUCUAACACCCGGGGCCACAUGGGAUCUAGCAGCCGAACGCCCGCCCACCUGCCCACUGCGAUCGAGCGCCUGCUCUCCUUCCAGAGGCACGAUCCCCUAUCGGCUUUAGUACACACCUGCUUCGCCAACUCUGCUGGACCUGACAGUGCCGAAGACCGGAGGCGCACCGAGAUCUGGGGAACGGCCCUGGCACGGCUCAUAACGGAGUCCAAGUCUGCUAGCGAGCCUAUGCUGAUAUCUGUUCUCAAUGUCUGGACGGCCAUGCGUGACUGGUCUGGAAAGUCCAACAUGGAGUGGUACUUGAUGAAGAUCCUUGAGGAUGGCGCAUUUCUUCUGGACAAGGCCGAGGAUCAGCAUGGAACCCGAUUCAACCUGGCAGACUGGACUUCCAAGGACAGUAUCGCUGCCGAGGAAUUUUACGACCGCGCCGUUAACGAGCUGUUUGAAAUCAUUGACGACGAGGACGCAACAGGCAUUCCCGAGGGCCUCAUCGAGUUGGGCAACGCAAUCCUGAGGAAGCUGGACAGCAAGCUUGUCGAAGGCACUCGCAAUUGGUUUGUAUACAAGUGGCUCUUCUCAAGCUUUUUACUUGGCGUUGUCAUCCACCCGGAGAGCCAUGGCCUUAUGGGCGAGUACCACAUUACCGAGUACGGGCGUCAGAAGAUCCUUAAACAGGUUGCCAUGAGGGCGUCCCAGCUUGUUGUGGAAAUCACCUGGAACAAGAAGGGAACUGUUUCUACGCCACCCAAGAUUCAGGAGCACGUUGAGAGUAUCCUGAACCGCUUCAAGCGAUCUCGCUCUCAGAGGCCUCCGCCUCGGCUACUUCCCGCUCGCUCCAUUACCUCCCUCCGCGAGACUGUUGAAGUUCACCCCUACUUGGUUGUCAGCCCCGCUGACUUGGUCACUCUGGUGAACGCCCUGUUCCCUGAGCGUCGUCCCAUGUCUCAGUCUAGCGGGCUGAGAUCCGGUGCACCAUCUAUUUCUGGCUUCUCGGCAAUCUCGCAGCCCAUCUCCAUGGCAGGCAGUCGACAAAACUUUGAAACAGCCUCCAUUCUCAGCACGAGUGCGUCGUCGGUUCUCAGCGAUGCCACGACGUCUCGAGAGACCAACAUAGAGGAGCAACGGACCGGCUCACCCCAACGGUACUCGCCCCCUGUUUUAGAUCCUUUGUCUCAACGGCGACUCAGCAACUACGAGGACGACGGCUACCGCCUUCGCUUUGCUUUACGGGAAAUGAGUUCUCAGGUUGGAAUGGAUGUCAUCCAAGGCUCCUGCCACCCGUGUGCCGAACGUUGGGCUGUCUUGUUCAUCUCUGCGGAUGGAAACAGCUUGUCCAGCCAGAUGACUUAUGAUCCAGACGAGGAAGUCGAAGAGGAGGAAAACUCCUCAACAAGUGAUACUGACGAUGAUGAGAUUGACGACAAGCCUGAAUUGGACAAGGAUUACCAUCAACUCCGAGACUCCAUCCUGAAACUCGUUGAGGACUAUGAGAUACCCCAGAGCAUUGAACCCCAAGGGGGCCGGGCCCAAUUCAGCAACCGCGCCACUGGCAUCAAGAAGUACCGAUCGAAGAACAAGAUUAUCACUGCUGAAAAGUCCACACCCAGCAGGAAUCCCUAUCGCCGGCGCGAGGUCGAAGCGCAAGCAAGUCAAGGCGAUUUACAAUCCAAGGAUACUGCGUCUGUGCAAGACUCGGAAAUUUCCGAAGGCCACGAGACUGAGCCGCCUUCCGUCCUCGUUGCCAUGCUGAACGCAGCAUCCUCCCAGUCACGAGCCCAAGCAGAUUUCGUCUCAGCGCACCUUUAUUGGAAGACCUUGCAGCAACUCAAUGCUCUCAGUUCAGAGUCUCUUAGGCGCAACGGCUUUGCCAUUCUUCUGAACAUCUUCUCUCGCGGCCCCAGAGACUCCAUCCGCCGUUGCGCAUCUGCCAUCGAGGAGUACGACGCGUGGCUCGUCUGGUUGAAGCAGAGCCAAGAGCGUCACGAAGGUCUUAUUGAGGCCAUGAUGAAGAGAUUGCGUGCUCUUCGUGACAAGAUGUGGUACGUCACUGACGUCCGCAACUCUGCGCCUUACGAACAGAGUCGCAACAUUUGCGCAGCUCUCAAGACGAUGGGAAUGCCCCGGCGUUACAACUCCUACCAACGCAACCGUGCCCAUCUGGCUCGAGCACCCGCAUCCAGCUACCUGUACCGCACUGAGACUCAGAUCAUGGACCUGCUUGCAGCUUCAGAAGAGCAGGGUGGCCCCAACAAGCUGAGUGACGACCAAGCGGACAAGACAUCACGCUGGCUUCAACAAGCUGGAGUCGAGAACUUUUGCUGCGGAGAAGAGAGGAUUCACAGGUUUACCUGCGAGGUGGACACCUGUAUCUCCAAGUUGAUCGGAGAGUCCAUCAUGGACGGCCCAGUCCUUUGGUCGAGCGAGCUCUACCAACGCGACAGGCGCAACCUGGAGACCAACAACAACAAAGGUCCCCGCGACAGAGAACACAACUGGGACGAUUCUGCUAGCGUCAUGAGCGACCCCGAGCGACGAUUCAUGUCUACUGGUCGUCCCAACUCUGUUCGGGAUCUCCGAGCCAUGUCAGCUCACAAUUCUAGUCAGCAGUCCUUCGACUCUGGCAGCUACCGUUUCUCAAGGGCAAGCACCGUCUUGUCCGACAUCGUCGAUGGACCGGACUACUUUGGCGUUUCUUCGCCUGUCCACACCAUCGACUCUAGUUCUACGUUCUGGUCACCUUUCCAGUCGGCCAUCUCACCGAGCUCUACCACGUCUCGGGCCCAGUCUCCCACGACAAGCGUGACAAAUCUGUCCGCCUCCUUCCAGCAACACUCCCUUGGCUCUCACGCCAGUCACUCCAUCGGUCGACCAGGCACCUCGGCAUCGUCCAAUGAGACGGUGCAUCAACAGCGACUCUCCGAAGAGAAGGCCCGUUUUCUCAACGAGCUGCGCCAGACUUUGGUCAGCCUUCUCCUCUCUGAUCUCGGUACGCUUGUAUUUGCUCGCGGCGCAGAGACCGAUGAUUGGUUUUCGACUUUGGGCCAAGAGUGCAUUGAUCGACGCGACUCGCUCGACAGACGAGCACGCCGGACGGGCAAGUCAGGCAAGCUGCGUGUCAUUGAGAAGAAGAAGAGUUUUGGAAACUUGCGAGGAGCCGGAGAAACCGACAAGAACUCCGAGACGACGGAAACAGGCAGCACUCCAGGCAACGACACCUCUGCAGCCACCACUGAGACCAUCUCCACCCGUUCCAAGCAGCCUGCCAAGGAAUCGACUCCCGAGUUUCCCUUUAAGAAGGCCUUCCAACGACUCCUCCGCAUGUUCAGCGUUCACCCAAACCCUCACGCCAAACUGGGCGCUCUUUACGAGCUGGAGCAGCUCAUUGUCGCUUCUCUAGCCACUGGUUCCAAGAAGUCCCGACUUGGAUGGAACCGGUCCGAGUUCAUGUCACCCGCUGCCGAUGAGUCUACCGUCAACAGUCGCUCCAACCCUCUCGAGGAGGUGAUUGACAAUGUCAGAGAGAGGCGGUCCCAUGCUCUCCAGCAGUUCCCUCUUAACUCCCCGCCAACUGUUGGUGGCCAAAUGAGACCAGGCACUUCUGAUGCUCGGACGGUCGCCUCCAACAGCGCGACGAACAAAGACGCCAUCACCAAUGUCCUCCGAACUCUCUUCCGCGACUCUUCUAUCCGUCCCAAGACGCUUUUCCGUGACCUGCAAUUCAUCGCAGCUUUUGUCAACCCAACAAUUCUGGACAACACCGAGAAGGGCACUGCCUUCUGGGAUACUGGUCUUGCAGCGCUAGGCCUCAAGCAAGAGGUCUGUCGUACCAUGAUUGAGGUAGCGGACGAGGUUCAAGGCGUCUACACCAGUACUCGCAAAACCACAAACGAUACACAAUUUCACGGUACCGAGCGGCUGGAUACCGACUCGCCUCCUCCUGUCACCACAGCAUACAGCUUGGCGCAGGCAGGAAAGAUGUGGACUAUAACGGCCAAGGAGGGUCUUCCCACCGCUCAACGUGAGCUGGCCAUCUUUUACCUAUCCAACCCCGAGCUUGUGGAACGCACCACGCUGCCUCUGUCGAAGCCUCGCGAGGUCUUCAAGCAAGCCGUCAUGGACAAGUACGCCGGCACUUCCGGACGCAGCGGUCCAGGUGCCAGUAGACUGUAUGCUGCAGACCGAAGCCGUGCUUCAGGCGGCUCCUCCAGCUUAGGUGCUGUCGGUGCUCAGCAUCCCGGCCAAGACUCGGGGCUCAAGGAUGGAGAUGUCCGCAGCGACCCCGCACUCAUGUGCGUGGCGGUCCACUUCUUCCAGGCGGCAGAGCAAGGCGGCGAUGAGCUCGCCACAUCCUUCCUCCGCCAGAACGAGUUCAAUGCAAUGGCUUAG